AUGCUGGAUAACCACUUUGUUAAACUAAUGGAUGCUAUUAAACAUGCAAUGUAUCCGGAUAUAGAUACAGUUUUAAGUCAAAUAGACCCCGAUUUCAUUAAGGCGGUUAUAAAUGGUCGAGACUUUGAUUACGGAUCUCCAUUACACUACGCAGCAUUUACAGGUGACGUAAAAAUCACGAAAAUUCUUCUGGAUCAUGGAGCAAAUACCAAUAUAUUACUGAAUUCCAAUCAUGAUCUACUGCUUGGUUGUAAGAAGCAUCAUUAUUCACAUGAUACUAAAGAUGGUUAUACACCUUUAUAUGUCGCAGCUACUAAUAAUAAACAUGAGAUCGUUCAAAUGUUAGUAGAAAAAGAAACCAUGGUUAAUAUAGCUUAUGGAAAAUCAACAUCACUGCAUAUUGCUACCAGAAAACGUCACACAAGGAUCAUUGAAAUUUUGUUGAAUAAUAAAGCUGAUGCCAACGUUAUCGAUGAAAAUCAUUCAACGCCAUUGCAUUAUGCAGUUAAAAAUAAUCUUAUUGAUAUAAUUCAAUUACUGAUAGAGAAAGGAGCCAACAUCAACGUUUUUGACAAUACUGGAAAAAGUCCUUUGUGUCAUGCUAUUUCCUAUGGUAACAGCAAAAUAGUAAAGUUGCUGUUGAACAAUCUUGACAAUAAAACCGAUACAUUUUUGUCAGAAGCAGCUAAACAUGGUUGUGAAGAUAUUGUUUAA